AUGGGUGUCGGUAGUAGUCGAGGAAUGAAGGUUGCACCUGCGAGUGUCAACGAGAUAAACGCAUUCAUAAGAGAUGACAACACAGUCCAUGUUUCGAAAGAGGAAAGUCACUUGUUCAAACCAUUGAAGAUACCCAAAUGUACGACCUUCAAUCAGUCACGAACGCAACAACUAGACAGCCAAAGUGAAGGACAUGACUCACUUUCAGCAGAGGAUGAUGACAUUGAUGUGGAACUGGACCGAGUUCUAGAGAAAUAUGACAAUCGGGAAUUGCGUUCCAAAAGGAAAACUUCUGCAAAGAAGCUUUUAAUCAGUUCAAACACGUAUGGAUUCAGUAAUUCCAGACGGGUCUAUAAUGAAAGCGAUUUCAAUUCAAACCCUCACUUGCUGAUUUCUGAAUUGUCGGAGGGGACGGGGGCACAUUGUCCAGAUAACGGUUCUGUAGCAGUCAACAACAAGGACAAGCAUGUCUUCCACCACUUUUCCAAUGAUACACACAUUCAGUUCCCAAGCGGCACUCAGGAAAAUGUAAGAAUAUUAUUUUAUCUCAUUCUGGUCAGUGGUGAUGGACGAGGAUAAUCAAAUUGACAGCAUUUGAUGUAUUAUUUCCUGUUACAUAAAAUGUUAAAGGUACUCAACCAAUGGCAUUGGUAACUGAUGUUUUUUUUAUUAUAAAGUUUUCUGCAAACCAUAUACAGUGCUUUCAGAAAGUAUUCACACCCCUUGAAUCUUUUCACAUUUUGUUGUGUUACAAAGUGGGAUUAAAAUUGAUUAAAUUGUCUUUUUUUUGUGUGUGCAUGAUCUACAGAAAAUACUCUGUAAUGUCAAAGUGGAAGAAAAAAUAUAUUUGUAUUUAUUAAUGGAAAAUAAAAUGUAAUAUAUCUUGAUUAGAUAAGUAUUCAACCCCCUGAGUCAAUACAUGUUACAAUCACAUUUGGCAGCGAUUAUAGCUGUGAGUCGUUCUGGGUAAGUCUCGAAGAGUCUUGCACACCUGGAUUGUACAAUAUUUACAAAUUAUUCUUUAAAACAUUCGUCAAGCUCUGUCAAGUUGGUUGUUCAUCAUUGCUAGACAGACAUUUUAAAGUCUUGCCAAAGAUUUCCAAGCCUAUUUAAGUCAAAACUGUAACUAGGCCACUCAGGAACAUUCAAUGUCAUCUUGAUAAGCAACUCCAGUGUAUAUUUGGCCUUGUGUUUUAGGUUAUUGUCCUGCUGAAAGGUGGUUUUGUCUCCCAGUGUCUGUUGGAAAGCAGACUGAACCAGGUUUUCCUCUAGGAUUUUGCCUGUGCUUAGCUCUAUUCCAUUUCUUCUUAUCCUAGAAACUCCCUAGUCCUUGCCGAUGACAAGCAUACUCACAACAUGAGGCAGGCACCACCAUUAUUGAAAAUAUGAAGAGUGGUACUCAGUGAUGUGUUGUGUUGGAUUUGCCCCAAAUAUAAGGCUUUGUAUCCAGGACAUAAAGUUAAUUUCUUUGCCAAUUUUUUUUGCAGUAUUACUUUAGUGCCUUAUUGCAAACAGGAUGCAUGUUUUGGAAUAUUUGUAUUAUGUACAGGCUUUCUUCUUUUCACUCUGUCAUUUAUGUUAGUAUUGUGGAGUAACUACAAUGUCACCAUUGGUGAAAUCCCUGAGCGGUUUCCUUCCUCUUUAGGAAAGGCACCUGUAUCUUUGUAGUGACUGGGUGUAUGAAUAUACCAUCCAAAGUGUAAAAUUAAUAACUGCAUCAUGCUCAAAGGGAUAUUCAAUGUCUGCUUUUUUACCCAUCUACCAAUAGGUGCCCUUCUUUGCGAACCAUAGGAAAACCUCCUUGGUCUUUGUGGUUGAAUCUGUGCUUGAAAUUCACUGCUCGACUUAGGGACCUUACAGAUAAUUGUAUGUGUGGGGUACAGAGAUUGGGUAGUCAUUUAAAAAUUAUGUUAAACACUAUUAUCGCACACAGAGUGAGUCAAUGCAACUUAUUAUGUGACUUGUUAAAGCUGAAAUAUGUUAAUUUUGGGGCGACCCGACCAAAUUCACAUAGAAAAGUGUGUUAUAGAUCUGUCAUUCUCAUUGAAAACAAGUUUAUGAAGUCGUAGAUCUGUUCUAUGUGUGCUAUUGCUAUGCUUCCCGUUCUUAAGUUUAGUUUUUGCGUCUUUUACUUUCAGUUUUGUACACCAGCUUCAAACAGCUGAAAAUACAAUAUUAAUGGUUAUUGAUAAUAUAUUUCACAGUGGUUUAGAUGGUACAAUGAUUCUCUACACUAUACAUUGCUUGUUUUGUCAUAUCAACUGAAAUUAGGCAAACUAUUACAAUUUUACAACCAGGAAAUGGCAGCGCGAUUUCUGCAUAGUACACCUUUAAGCACAUUUUUACUCCUGAACUUAUCUAGCCUUGCCGUAACAAAAGGAUUGAAUACUUAUUGACUCAAGACGUUUCAGCUUUUCAUUUUUAAUUAAUUUGUAAACAUUUCUAAAAAACAUAAUUCCACUUUGACAUUAUGGGAUAUUGUAUGUAGAUCAGUGAAACAAAAUCUAAAUUUAAUCCAUUUCAAAUUCAGGCUGUAACACAACAAAAUGUGGAAAAAGUCAAGGGGUGUGAAUACUUUCUGAAGGCACUGUAUGGUGUUCUCUGACAACUCUAUUGUCAAAACUCUCAACAGGACUUCUUGACAAUGGGGGCUUGUGUGGAGUCAGUGCCUCGCUCGGAAACAGACUCGUAAGUAACCUGCUCUUUCAUAAAUUAUAAAUGUUUAGCUCAGUGUCGUACACACAUGGCUUCUGUAGUAAUUGCCGAUCGGGCAAGAUCAAAAUCACCUUGAGCGUAUCAAAAUACCAAACAAUUGUGCUUUGAGCAGAUCAGAUUAGUUCCAUGUCAGCAAACAACUUGCAAACAACUGCUUUAUUGUGGCUAAUUUAUUCAGAUACUUUUCAACAUGAGAAUAUGCUGUAAAAAAAGAUGAUGAUAAAAUAUUUAAUUACACUUUUCAAUUAUUUUGAAAUAGGCCUAGGCUAUAUUGCCUCUAUUACACACUGACUGUACCCAUUAAGCAUCACAAUUUGGUCCAAAGUUUCAUCUAUAAAACUAUUGCUUUAAUCUAGGCCUAUUUCUGAAACGCUCUCUGCGAGUACAUUUCUUGUUAUAACAAUUACUGACAUAUCUCUCCGUUCCUUCCCAGAGUCCCUGACGAUAGCCAUGGCCCCUCUCUUUCCAUGACCGUCAUCCUGUAUGAUGGAUCAGAAGUGGACCUGAUGGAGACUAUAGAAAGAGAGUUUAGUUGA